CCCAAAGUGGGUGAGUGCCCGGCAGGGGCGAGCAGAGCCCCUUGGCCCCCCAGACUGUACUGCCUCUCCGACCAUGGCUGCCCUGGUGCUGAGAAGUGCUGCCAGAUCGGGAAGGUCUGGACCUGCCUCCUGCCCACCACAGGUACCGCUGCUCUCUGCAAGGGAUGCCAGCAAGGAUCGGGCAAGGGGUGGGGUGUGGGCUGGUGCCCGUGUUGGUGCCCCUGGAGCAAGCCCUGCUCCCUGGGACAUGGCUGCCUGGAGCAUCUCCCUCUGCAGAGAGUCCGGGCUACUGCCCCCGUGCCGGCAGUGCCAUCGGGCCAAACUGUGGGACAAGAUGUUACAAUGACACCACGUGCCACUCCGGGGAGAAGUGCUGCACCCGCGGCUGCUGCACCCGCUGCAUGCUUGCUGAGCCAGCCAAACCGGGGUUCUGCCCUCGGAAGCGUGCCCAGAGGAGAGCUGCUGCCUGCCCCAACCGCUGCACCGACGACCGGGACUGCCCUGGGGAGCACAAGUGCUGCUUCUCUGGCUGUGGGCUGGCCUGCACCCCUCCAGACACAGUGAAGCCUGGCGUGUGCCCCAUGGUGCUGCGGGGCUCCUUGGGGCCCUGCCUGGAGCAGUGUGACACUGACGGUGACUGCACUGGGGACGACAAGUGCUGCACCACUGGCUGUGGUCACAUCUGCAAACCACCCACCAAAGCAUGGCCAGCUCUCUGUCCUGCUGCAGCAGGGUGUUAUCAGGCAGCCAAGUGCCUCCUCCUGUGCCUGCAGGACAGGAGGGACUGUCCCCUUGGCCAGAAGUGCUGCCUGCAGGGCUGCAGCUGGGUCUGCAUCCACCCACUGUGGGGCACAGUCCCCUCCAGCCUGCUGCCUCCUGGGUCCAGCCUGGAGGGGACAGAGGGGAGCCAGGGCAGGAGCACCACAGGGCCCCCCAUCCCUCAGAGGAGGAGCACUGAGGCAUCCUCACUGACCACCUCACUUGCCUCUUCCAGGUACAUCGUAGCCAUGGCCAGGAAGGGCUGCACCAGGAGCUGCCAUUUCAGGGUCAUCCUGCACCCCACUGCCAUUGCACCCAUGGGCUGAGCAGAGGUGCUGGUGCACCCCACGCCUCUCCCUGUGCUGGAGCCUGUUCCCUGGCAGGAUGGCACCAGCAUUGAUUCCAAUGCUUCUGGUCAGGGUCCCUGGCACCCCCAGCUGUGCCAUUAAAGGCUGCCUGCUGCCUGCACUACCCAUGGCCAAGAUUCCUAGCAACCCUGCGUGAGGCAAAACCCUGCAUCCACAAUGGCCCCAGCUGCUCCACAUC